AUGGCCCCAUCCCCCCCCGACGGCCCCCUCCAGAAGGCUCUAGCGGAAUCUGUAGCAGCAGCUUCCAUCAGAGCCUCUGAAGGACAGUCCCUAUUUGAUCCUAUCGCAAAGUUCUUGGAUCAACACCGCACCAACAAUCAAGGCCUCCCCAAACACUUAAAGGAAGCCCUGGCCCAACUCAGCGACGAACUCGCAACAGUGGCUACAACACACUUCAAAGCAUUUAUCACAGGCUCAACCCCGAUCAAGCCACAUAUACACAAAAAUGCCUCUGCAUCGAACAGCACCCCGAUCACAAAGCCUACAUAUGCCAAAGCUGCUGCCUCAACUACCUCAAAGAUCUUCAGCCAGCCUUCAGCCACAAAGACCAAAAGCAUUCAAAAACUCUCCGAGGACAACAGACUCUUCGUCCGACUCCCUCUAGCCCACCCGGCAAGAGAUAUGCAUGUCUAUGCUAUCUACACGAGCCUCAAAACCAAACUAGGAAUACAUGGAAAAGCUCUUCAGGAAAUACAGCAAACGAAGUCCGGCCUGGCCUUAUGCCCAAACAGACCCGAAUCCCUCUCAAUCCUCGAAUCCCAGAUUCAAACCAUCUCCAACUUCUUCACCUCCCCUUCUGGCACGGUCAAAGUAGAGCGAAACGCUCAAUGGCUCUCAUACCGUAUCUCCAACGUCCCCAGACGCAUAGGCCUCUUCGAAAAUGACCAAUAUACAACAGGAGAUAUGGAUUCACACAUGUUAAAACUGGCCAUUAAAGAACUGACAGGUGUCACCCCACUUCUGGUAGCGGAAACACCGAACAGCACUAUCACUCCGUCCAGUUCAACCUGCGAUUGGUUCGUCAACUUUCCAAACGAGACCAAUCCAUCCCAAAUCCCGAAGUUCAUGCGACUCUUCGGGGCACAUGAUAUUGCACUCGCUACAGCAUACAACGAAAAGUCCGACAUCAUAAUGAUACAAGAACCAUACAUCUCGAAAGACCUCUCCCGCCGAAUCACCAAAUGGCACCCAGCAUACCAAUGCUACUCCCCAACAGACAACUGGCUUGAGCAUGGUAGACCCAGAGUGAUCUCCUACAUCCGCAAAGACCUAGACAUCAUUAUCACCCAACUCAAACCCCCUCACAUUGACCCAUAUGCCCUUUCAGAUCUCCUCAUCCUCCAACUAAAAACUGAGACCAAUUACUCAGUCACCAUCUUCAAUAUAUAUAACAGCCCCCGCGGUUCUCCAACCCGCCCCCAGAAUACCACCCAAACCCUCAUCGACACCCCAGACACCUACCUUCAAGGGAACACCUUCCUCUGUGGGGACUUCAACCUCCCACACCGGAACUGGCAACCUAGCUAUACAGGAAACCUCUCUCCUGCCUCUAUCCCCUUCAACAAAUGGCUCGAAGAACACCAAUUAGUAUUCUCAUCCGAGCUAGAUAAACCUACCCACUCUAUAGGCAAUGUUCUGGAUCUGGCCUUUUGCUCCCACACACUACAUCAACAAGGCCUCAAUACCCGUGUCGCCUAUCACCUUGAUGUCACCUCGGACCACACUCCCCUCCUUACAAAUAUCCCAUGGAUAUCCAAUACAACGAAUACUUUGAAACAGCUUCGUCCUAAAAGCCUCGAUCCUAUCCUUUUCAAAUCCCUCUUAAAAACCAAUCUCACAACCCUGAAUGCCCCACCUCGAAGCGAAGCAGAACUAGACCAGUUCACCGAUGACCUUGUAGACGCCAUCCACAAAGCUUAUUGUGGCUCUGCCAAAAGAACUACAGGCCAAAACAAAGGCCAACCCUGGUGGAACGAUGAAUGCAGCAAUGCAUGCAUACAAUACCACCGAAAUCAGAUUGACAAACAACUCUUCAGACAAACCAUCCGAAAAGCUAAAAGAUCCUUCUACCGCACAAAGAUAGACCAGGCCCAACAUACCAAGGACAUCUUCGCCAUAUCUAAAUGGCAUAAAACCACAGGCUCUUUCCAUUCCCCCCCUCUCAAGGACCCCCUUCACCCCAACCGACCCCUUGCAACCGGGACCCCGGAAAAACAAACCAUCUUAAUAAACAAUCUCCUCAAAAGAGAUACAGAAAUUGGAGACAUCCCUAUAGAUUGCCCAACUGUCCCUACCAAACAACUCCCUCCCCCAAUCAUCAAUGUUCAAGCGAUACAGAACGCAGUCUUGUUGGCAGGCAAUACAGCCCCUGAGGCAGACGAACUCCCUACAGCAAUCCUCAAAGAAGCCUGGUCUCUGAUCGAGCCAUUCGUCUCCCAACUUUACUACAGCUGUCUCCACCUCGGAUAUCACCCGAAAUCCUUCCGCAGUGCGAUCCUUGCAAUCAUCCCCAAACCCAAUAAGGCCGACCUCUCCUCUCCCAGAUCAUACAGACCCAUCGCCCUACUCUCAGUCCUCGGCAAAGGACUCGAACGAUUAAUUGCCCGGCAAAUGUCCUGGACCUCGAUCUCCCAUAAAGUCCUUUCCACACACCAAUUCGGAGCCCUGCCUCUCAGAUCCUCAGUAGACCUCACCACCUGCCUUACCCACGAUGUCGAACAUGCACUUAACUUAAACGGCUCGGCCUCGUUGCUCACUCUCGAUAUCAAAGGAGCCUUCGACGCUGUCCUCCCCGGACGCCUGAUCCGGAGGCUCCGGGAACAAGGCUGGGCCCCUAACCUCACCAAAUGGUUAUCCUCCUUCGUAACCCGAAGAACCAUCCAAGUCCGCCUAGAUGGAACCACAGGCCCCAAAACAAACAUUGAAUGCGGGCUCCCACAAGGCUCCCCUAUAUCACCCAUUCUCUUUAUGUUAUACAUCGCCCCUAUCUUCAAAAUGGGGAAGGACACAAUCAAAUUCGGCUACGCAGACGAUGUAGCUAUACUAGCAGCCUCGAACUCUCUGGAUGAUAAUGUCACCGAACUCAACGCUACCACACUGGAGAUCCUAACCUGGGGCGCCUCAGAAGGCAUUACCUUUGAUCCCGGCAAAUCAGAACUCAUCCACUUCUCAAAACGCAGGACUGAACAGAACCCAGAUACUACCCCUACAAUUACUAUGGGAGAUCUAACAAUCAAAGAACUUGCCAAUGGAAAGCCCUAUAUUAGAUGGCUCGGAAUCCUCUUCGAUAAAAAGUUAUCCUUCAAAUGGCAUACGAAAGAACUAGCUACAAAAGCUAUUGUAAUAGCCAGAGCUCUUAAAUCCCUGGAGGACCCCGGCUCUUUCAAGACCCGUUUCGCCUGCCGUAUCCUAUCUCUUCCGCCCUCGGAACAGAUCGAUCCCCUAUCAGCCCCUAAAUGGCUAGAAUAUGAAUUAAGAGCAGAAAUAAUGAAGUGUAUUCACAGCCCCAAUAGCCGUACCAAACAGGAAGCAGCUACUGAAUUCAACGAUUUCUAUGACCUACUCCCUCGCGAAGAUAUCGUUAUCUUCUCUGACGGGUCUAAACUUGCAAACGGCAAUACUGGUGGCGGUUUCGUAGGGUACCAAGACAACCACAAAUUCUGCGAAGGGAGCCUUCCACUAGGAAGAAUGAAGGAAGUAUACGAUUCUGAAGCGAUCGCAGCUUUCGAAGGCCUCAAGGCCGCUAUCUCCUCGAUCGAAUCGAGAAUAGCAACAGAUAUAUACAUCUGUCUUGAUAAUAUUGAGGUAGCAGCAAGACUCCUCUCCAAAUCUACCGGAUCCUCCCAGGACACCUUCUCGGCUUUCCGCCAACUAGCCUCAACCUGGCACAAUGGCACAGUCCAUAUCCGAUGGGUCCCUGGUCAUAAAGAUGUAGCAGGAAACGAAGCGGCUGACAAAGCGGCCAAGGCAGGGGCAGCCCUCCCUCAACCCACAGGGGCCUACUCAUAUGCAGGACUCAGAAGAGUGACCAAAGGACUCAGGCAAAAAGCAAUGAAUCAGCUGUGGUCAACAGUGAUCCCAACAACCUACAGAGACCUCGAGAUCUUUACCUCACCAAGGAACCCAAAAGAACUCUCUCUCCCUAGACCCUUCCUAGGUCGCCUAAUAGCUAUCCGCUCAGGCCAUGGAGACUUCGCAUCGUACCACGAACGUUUCCUACAUCAAGACGCACAACUGCUUUGCAGAUGUGGAGCCCGUAAAUCCCCAGUACACUUCUUCUUCUGCAGUAUCGCCAAAAGAAACCACCCUUGGCCUAAAGGGAAACCUGCCGAUAUUCUUCCGUUCCUCUGCGGUACCUACGAAGGUGCUGAGGUAUUAGCAAACUGGACGAAAGCGAACGGAUUCUAUACCAACAUAUGUCCCCUCCACCUCCCUCCCCCCCCAAUCUUAAAGGGCCCCAUUCACUCGCUGAAGGAUUAA